AAUUUGCAAUGUGCUUUUUUUACUUUUUCAAUCAGUUGCCAAGCCGCUCAAAUAAAACUUGAUUGACUCCGCAAACGUUGCUGUUGUCGAUCGUCUCGAGAAAACGUGCCGCUCGUUAGUGUGAUAAGAAGAGGAAGAAGUGUAGCAGGAGAACGAUAGCGAAGACUCCAAAGCGCGUCCACACACACACAAAAAAGGGGGGCUUCGUCGUCGUGAAAGUGCCGUUGUCCAGUGCGACGUCGUCUGCAAGACCACACCAUGGCGUGGUUGAGGAAGCCCAUACGCGGCAUACUGAUGGACAUCACCGGCGUUCUGUACGAGAGCGGCGAACGAAAAGCCAUCGAAGGCUCCAUCGACGCCCUCAGAAUGCUUCGCACGGCCGACAUACCAUUCCGCUUCAUCACAAAUGAGACGCAGAAGACGAAGGAGCAGCUGGACUCGGUCCUGCAUCGGCUGGGUUUCGACAUCUACGAGAGAGAGAUGUUCAUGUGUGUGCCCGCAGCCAAGAAGUUCAUCCACGACCUGAACUACAGGCCAUUCCUGCUUGUCCAUCCCAAUGUCGAAGCCGAGUUCGCCGAGUGCAACCAGAACGAGCCAAACUGUGUCGUCGUGGGCGACGCGGCCAGCAACUUCUCGUACGAGAACAUGAACCGGGCGUUCCACGUUCUUGUCGACAAUGACGACUCAGUCCUCAUCACGCUUGGCAAAGGUAAGUACUACAAAGAAGACGGCAAAAUGACCAUGGAUGUUGGCCCUUUCACAGCUGCUUUAGAGUAUGCAACUGAUCGACAUGCCAUCGUGAUUGGCAAGCCUGGGGAAGAAUUCUUCAGGCUGGCGCUAGAAGACAUGAAACUGCGGCCCGAGGACGUCGUCAUGAUUGGCGACGACCUCGUCUGCGACGUCGGUGGCGCCCAGAGCGCGGGAAUGCGCGGCGUGCUCGUGCGCACCGGCAAGUUCCGGCCCGAGGAUGAAAAUCACCCCACCAUCAAGCCAGACGCUAUCGUCAAAAACCUGUUGGAAGCUAUCGAGCGAGUUCUCUCGACAGAAAGGCCAGCCAAGGAAGUUCGACCAGAGUGACUCUACGAACAUGCAUGGAACUUGCGUGGAUUUUCUUCGGCACUAUUUCUUGGUACCUAACAAUUAAAUACCAAUAGUACCAACUCUCACAACACAGAAGAUGCACACUCAAACCUCAUUAUAUCAAAGUAGCAACUUACACGAAAAUAAAUUUGUUAUAUCCGAAAAUUCGUUAUAAAGGUAUAUUUCUAACACUGUAUUAAUUGCAAAACUAAUCUUCAUUUACUUUGUUAUAACUUAUAUUUCAUUAUAUCUGGGUACCCUAUAUCAAUGCUAGAGCGUAAGCGUAGUUAAACCACUGUGUUUUCAAACCAAAAAUGCAACAAGUUAACCCACGUUUGUUUAUUGAAAUGUGACCAGCAAGAAACAGUUGUACAUAUUAGUUGGACAAUUUUAUAACAGCCAUGCACCGGGGAGCAAUUCCCAUGUUU